CAUAACACAGCGCGGGCUGAGUGGGUUCAACUCUCUGGACCUCUUAUCGAUAGGUGGCGGGGCCUAAUUUUUAUUUUCCGCCGGGAUGCAUGUCGAGAUAGCGGCAGGUACCGUAGUUCGUGGUUACCGAAUUUGCGAUGCCUCAGGAAGCAAGUUGAAUUGGCCAGUACUAAACUUCCACGGCUGUAUUCAGAUAUUUACCUUUUUUUCUUCCUUUUUUUCUAUUCUUCACGACCUACCUGCUUAAUCACGCCCAAGAUAAUUUAUACAUAUCUCUCGCAACCUACCUAAGUGUACAGCGACCAAUCCUCAGAGCCAAACAUUGUGAACCACCCUGCCCAGCAUGGCAGCCCACGAGGCCAACAUGCCGUUUAUACGGAACCUCGCAUCUAGCGAUCGCAAAACCCGCACCUCAGCCCUCGAAAGCCUGCGCACAUUCGUCUCCGCGGCCGCCACAUCCUCCCGCCUGACACACCUCGACAAUCUGAAGCUAUGGAAGGGCCUCUACUACAGUCUCUGGAUGUGCGACCGGCCGAUCCCUCAACAGAACCUCUGCGCCGAGCUAGCCGGUCUGAUCAGCGUGCUGCCCGAUGAGGCUGUAGGACCGUGGCUCGCCGCGUUCUGGGAGACCGUCGGCCGCGAGUGGACAGGGAUCGACGUGUAUCGGCUGGAGAAAUUCAUGCUCCUUGUCCGCCGGAUGCUGGGCGCUAGUCUUGCGUGGGUGUGCGAGGUCUUGCCCAACGAGACAAUUACAGGAGAGACGAAGAAGAGUCGCCGGAGUCGUGCGAGGAUAGACGUGCUGCUCAGAAAUCUCGCUAGCUGGCCCUUUGAGACCGAAGACAACCUCUCAAAAGUGCCGGUGGGGCUACGACUUCACGUGCUCGACAUCUGGGUUGACGAGGCGGAGAAGCUAGGUCUGCUGGACGCCGAAAAGACAGGCGAGCCGGGACGUCAGUUCUUAGAUAGGCUGGGGCUGCUUGUUGAGGCGCAGACGAGAUCUACGUGUAAACCCGUGCGCCUCCGUGCUAAGGAGAUGCUGGCAGAUGAUCGCUUGCCGUGGAAUGUGGACGACGCGGGAGGCGACGACGAGGUGGGCAAGUCAGCCAAGGACAGUUCCGGCGAUAAGGAUAGCUGGGAUGGCUUUGAUGACUAAUUUGGAAGACAAAGACGGAGAAAAGCCUGAUCUACGAAGAAAAUAUGUUGGGGUACGUGUAGUGAACAGAGCAUGGUGAUGGGCUGAUCCUUGGAGUUUCGGCGUUGGCACGGAUAUAUCCUCAUGCGGAUUCUUGUAGUUAUCUCUACAUUGCGUUACUACCUUUAGCCAUUUGUGUAUCAAACAAGUACAUUGGACAGUCGUCGCCCGAAGUAAAGUCCCUGUUGCGACGCGACUAUACUUCGCUAACACUUGAAAUGGCAAAUACUCGCAAAACUCCCGUGGUAGUCCAAUUGUCGAUAGACUAUUCCUCUAGCUCCUAAUCCUCCGUCCGCUGUGAUUAAGUUUGUUCUCUAUGGGGUAUCUUUAUCUCGCUAGUUGCCUUCAAUCCUCAGUCUAUUAAUAUGGUAU